AUCAACCGCCACUGCGCUGGAGGAAGGCUGUGGGUGACGACGACGCCGCCGCCGCCAACAAUGACCAAUUAUUGAAAAAUUCGAAUCUCUGAUCAGAGUGCGCGCGGCUCGAUUAAGACGACCGACGACGACGUCGAUUGACUGCUGCUCUCCGGCUCUGCUCAAAACAAGAGUGUCGUUUGACAAAGACUGCGGAGAGUGAGAGUGUGAUGGUGGCGCGCGAAAACAGAGGCAAUUUUUAAUGGAUUUUAAAUAUGGUCUCCCUCGAAACGCCGGUCGUCACCACCGCACCGACGGCGGCGUCGGAGUCUUGGACGCGCGUUGACACAGUUCAAAUUUGCAGGCUGCGCGCAGAAGCUCUCGGCGGUUGACGGCUCGCGGACUCCCGUGGCGGAUCGUCAAGUUACGUAUUGUGGUUUAACACAUGGUCUAUCAAUUAUCACAUUUUGUGGGGUUGUUUGUGGCGUUGAUUGCUGAAAAAGAGAAGAUUUGACAAAAAGUGACUUACUUUUAAGAGAAAAGUUUCAAAAAAGUGAUCAAAAUGUGCACCUGUUGACAGAUUUGUUCAAAAGUCAAUAGUGAUCAAGAGAAAAAAAGGAGACGAAUCAAAGUUCGUUAAAAAACGAGGAAGUGGCAGAUGUGGCAGAAUGUUCGAUCACUGCAAGCGAACCCUGCUGUCAGCUGUGGCGGUCGUGUGUCUCCACUUGACAGGAUCCAGCGCCUUCGACGUGUACUGGAACAUCCCGACGUUCAUGUGCACCCGGUACAAGCUGGACUUUGCCAGCCUGGGGGCCACCUACGGCCUGUACCAGAACACCAACGACACAUUCCGGGGCGAAACCAUCGCCAUUCUGUACGAUCCGGGCAACUUUCCAGCGCUGUUCGAGCAAAGUUCCACCAAAAAGCUGUACCGCCGAAACGGGGGUGUGCCCCAGGCCGGAAAUCUCUCGGACCACUUGGAGGUGUUCCGACGGCACAUGGACGAGCUGGUCGUCGACCGGAACUUUGCAGGAGUUGGCAUAAUCGACUUUGAAUCGUGGCGGCCAAUUUACCGGCAGAACUUUGGCUCACUCCAACCGUACAAGGAGCUGUCGAUGAAGCUGGAAAAGGAGCGACACCCGCGGUACAGUGACAAGCAGCUGGAGGCCGAGGCCACCAAGAGGUUCGAAGCAACAGGACGGGACUUUAUCGCCCGCACGCUGGCCCUGGCCCGGCAGCUGCGACCCCGGGCGGCCUGGGGCUAUUACGCCUUCCCGUACUGCUUCAACAUGAACGGCCAAAAGCAGGAGGACUGCUCGCCGGAGGUGCAGCGGGAAAAUGACCGCAUCCAGUGGAUGUUUGACGGGUCGGACAUUAUCUACCCGUCGGUCUAUCUGCGGGAGAAGCUCAGCCCGGGCGAGCGGGUCAAGCUGAUCCGGGGCCGCGUCCGGGAAGCGGUCCGGGUGGCCAAACGGGCCAAGACCGGCCCGUCCCGGCCCCGGGUGCUCACGUACAUCCGGUACGUCUACACCGACAGCAUCAAGUACUUGACGGAGGUGAGUGGUGUGGGGUCCAAAAUCUCGGAGUUGGCACGGCGGGAGUUAACGAAAUUGCAUGCCAUUUGUUUUCGGGGAUGCCAGGGGGGGCUUACGUUUUGCGGAAGUUGCACUGCAUGGUUGAACACCAACUGA